AUGAUAAAGCUCGAAUAUUUUAUUCUUCUUCCAAGUUUGCAAUUAAUUGUUACAUAUGCCGAUGAAGUCGUACCUGAACAUGUUCCCAGAGUCGUAUGUUUUUAUGAUACGAUAAGUUCAUUGCGCGAAGGUCCAGCAAAGCUUACUAAUGCGCUCUUACAAAUACCUCUGAUCAAUUGCACUCAUUUGGUUUAUGGCUAUGUGGGAAUACGAGAAGACAACUAUGAAGUGAAGAUUCUAAAUGAAGAUUUUGACAUAAAACAAAAUCAAUUUGGCAAUGUGACGUCAUUUAAAAGCAAAUAUCCGCACUUGAAAAUUUUAUUGAGUGUAGGCGGAUAUCGUGACAUCGAUGAGACGUAUCCCAAUAAAUACAUGGAACUACUUGAUGGAGGAUUAGAGAAGCAGAUACAAUUUAUCGAGUCAGCGUACGCGCUUGUCAAAAAGUACGGAUUUGACGGUCUUGACUUAGCCUAUCAGUUUCCACGGAGCAUGCCUGCAAAUAUUUUGAAACGCAAGGAACAAUUUAAUGAUUUUAUUCAAUAUUUAGCGCGUUUAAGGUUCAGAAUUAAUGGAUUACUGUUAACUCUAACUAUGUUACCAAGAGUAAACCCCAAAUUAAGGUAAAAUUUUGUAAAUUUG